CCCCCGCCUCCGUCUUCUCUCCUCGCACCUCUCCUACAGACCUUUUACUACAAUGGCUGCCCCCGCGUACGCUUCCGAGCUUCAGAUUGCUCAGCUGGCCGUCCAGCGGGCUACGAUUCUCACCAAGAGGGUCUUUCACGAAAAGGCAAAGGGCACCGUCGACAAGAACGACAAGUCUCCCGUCACCAUUGGCGACUUUGGCGCCCAGGCUCUCAUCAUUGCUGCCCUUCGCCACAACUUUCCCGAUGACGCCAUCGUCGCUGAGGAGGAGGCUGCUCAGCUGCGUGAGGAUGCCAACCUGAAGCAGACCAUCUGGGAUCUCGUCAAGGAUACAAAGCUCGAUGAUGAAGAGGCAGAGGCCAAGCUCGGAGGCCCCAUCAAGGACGUCGACGACAUGCUUGAGCUCAUCGACCGAGGAAACAGCAAGGGGGGCAACUCUGGUCGCAUCUGGGCCAUUGACCCUAUUGAUGGCACCAAGGGUUUCCUCCGUGGUGGACAAUACGCUGUUUGCUUGGGACUCAUGGUUGACGGCGAUGUCAAGGUUGGCGUCCUCGGCUGCCCUAACCUUCCUGUCGACGACUCUGCUCGUCUGACCAGCGAUAUCGGCUCCAAUGCCACCGACGAGGGUCGCGGUGUUGUCUUCUCUGCUGUUCAGGUUCACGGCGCAAACAGCCGACCUCUGACCGCCGGUGCUCUUGCGCCCGAAAAGUCCAUUUCCAUGCGAAGCAUCGACGAUCUCGCCAAGGCUACCUUCUGCGAGAGUGUCGAGGCUGGCCACUCGGCUCAUGACGACCAGGCCCUCAUCUCUCAGAAGCUCGGCAUCACUGCGCCCAGCGUCCGCAUGGACAGCCAAGCCAAGUACGGCUCCAUCGCUCGCGGUGCUGGUGACAUUUACCUCCGUCUGCCCGUCAAGGCCACCUACCAAGAAAAGAUCUGGGACCAUGCUGCUGGCGACCUCAUCGUCCGUGAGGCCGGUGGCCAGGUGACAGACAUUCACGGCAAGCGUCUCGACUUUGGCGUCGGACGAACUCUGGCCAACAACAAGGGCGUCAUUGCCGCCCCUGCUGCUGUGCACGACAAGGUUCUCCAAGUAGUUCAAGAGGUUCUGAGCGCAAAGCAGUAGACGAUGAUGAGAGAGCAAGAAAAGAAAAAAAAAGUAGUUUUUGUAUAU